AUGUUAAUCCUGCAGAUCAGUGAUAUUAAGGCAGAUUGGAAAGAUCCAGCCAGCUUUGAAGGAGAGGAAUUGAAUUCGGCUCCUUCCUGCCGAAAGCUCCUUGAACUCGUCAAACCUUCUGACACUCUGCCAAGUUUAGCCAGCCCGAAGAUGGAAAAGACUUCGUCGGACAAACAGCUCCCUCCCUCCCUGGAUCAACACAACUGCACACUAGAUUGUUCGGCCAGCGCUUGCAACGCUUGCAACGACUGCAGCGGCCGGGGGAGGGAGGGCAGGCCAGCGAUUGCAGCGGCUGCAGGGGUUGCAUCGGCUGGCAGGGGUUGCAGCGACCUCAGGGGUUGCAGCGGCCGCAGAGUCUGCCAGGUCUGCAGCGACUGCAUCGGCUGCAGCGACCUCAGGGGUCGCAGCGGCUGCAGAGUCUGCCAGGUUUGCAGCGAGCGCAUCGGUUGCAUCGGCUGCAGGGUCUGCAGCGAUCGCAGGGGUUGCAUCGGCUGCAGCCGGCCCCCGGCGGGGAUGGAGAGGAGCGUACUGGCCGCCUCCGGCUGGCUUGGGGCGGCCCCCUCGGCCCCCUCGGGGGUCCCGGGGCCGGUGACGGUGCUGCUGUGGCGGGAGCCGUUCGGCGGCGCGGCCCGGCCGAGCCCGGACUGCCUCCUCCGCUACAACCUCAGCGGCUGCCUCCUCCUGGCAGACCGCCGGGCUUACGGCCGGGCCCACGCCGUCCUCUUCCACCACCGCGACCUGGUGGUCGGGCCCCAGGACUGGCCCCCGGCCUGGACCGGCCCCCCGGGCCUCGCAGGUGGCCGGCCAGGUGACCGGCCAGGUGACCGGGCCGGGCCACGACCCCCAGGCCAACGUUGGGUCUGGAUGAACUUCGAGUCGCCCUCCCACUCGCCAGGGCUGAGGGGCCUGGACGGCCACCUCUUCGACUGGACCCUGACCUACCGGGCCGACUCCGACAUCUUCGUCCCCUACGGCUACCUCUACCCCAGGGCCGGGCCGGGGGACCGGCCGGUGGGAGCGGCCCCGCCGUUGGCCGGCAAGAAGGGGCUGGUGGCCUGGGUGGUCAGCCACUGGGACGAGGGCCAGGCCCGGGUCCGCUACUACCGCCAGCUCAGCCGCCACGUGCCCGUCGACGUCUUCGGGGCGGCCGGGCGGCCGCUGCCGGCCUCGGGCCUGCUGGCCACGGUGGCCAGGUACAAGUUCUACCUGGCCUUCGAGAACUCGCGCCACGCCGACUACAUCACCGAGAAGCUGUGGCGCAACGCCCUGCUGGCCGGGGCCGUGCCCGUGACCCUCGGGCCCGGCCGGGCCAACUACGAGCGCUUCGUCCCCCGCGGGGCCUUCAUCCACGUGGACGACUUCCCGGGCCCGGCCGCCCUGGCCGCCUACCUGCGCUUCCUCGACCGGCACCGGGCCCUCUACGGCCGCUACUUCGCCUGGCGCCGGCGUUACGCCGUCCACCUCACCUCCUUCUGGGACGAGCCCUGGUGCCGGGUGUGCCAGGCCCUGCAGGCCGAGGCCCGGGCCCGCCGGCCCCGGGCCGCCCGGAACCUGGCCGCCUGGUUCGAGGGCUGACCGGCCGGCGUGCCGGGGGUCGGACGGCGUGGCUUAACGGGAGGAGCGCGGCCUCGGGCGUCGGAGGACGUGCUUCCUAAUCCUGGGUGACCCCGGGCAAGCCGCUUGGCUUCUCUGGGCCUCGGGGCCCUCAUCUUUAAA